AUGAUUGACUCGCGGGCUACGUUUUGCUACUUUAUCCCUGAUAGCUUCCCUUCCUUCUCAACACGGAUACAUAAGCCCGAGAGCACCUCGCUACAUAGGAUGAAGAUGUACGGUGAGAGCGGGUCUCCUUGCCGCAAGCCUCUGCUCGGAUGGAGCGUCUCGUGGGUGAUGAGUACGUUGUCGAGAUGGCUCUCUGAGGAACAAGCCGACUGGUUCUCUGUGACAAUCUCAUUGAGAACUAGGUUGCAGCCUCAAGGUAAGAAUCUUCGAGAUAAUUUGAAGUUUCCGGAAGCGAAGAAGUCUUGGAUCUCAGAUAUGACUUUCUCUUUCACCGUGUUCCAGUUUGACUGGAAGAAGCAGGCUGAGAAUCCGUCCGGUCCUGGGGCUUUCCCUGGGAAGUUACCUGAGUAUCUCAAGUCAUACAAGUCGCAUUCUGACAUGAAGGUUCUGAAUUCGACAAAAGAUCCUUCAGGUCGUGGUGGUCCUCCUCUUUUCUCUGAGGCAUCUAUGAUAUCAUUGAAGUCUUCCGUCAAUAACCAAGGUUCAGAUCUAUUUCCCACUUUGUUCUCUUAUCUCGUCCCAAACUCGUUGUCUUUGAGUAUUGCCCGGUGUGUAGAGUCUCGAUCUCGAUAUCUUGAUUCCAGAAAAGAGCCAAACCCCCUCCUCCGUGUCCCUGAGGUGAGACCAGAACAUGUGCCGCAUAUCCCAUCCUUUGGAAUUUACUGA